CCCAGCGCCCCCUUAAAAAAAAAAAAGACCAGCUGCAGCUCCUCCUCCAGCCUGAGGGGGCAGACCGGAUUCCUACCAGGCGGAGAGCGGAACCUCCUGAGAGGGGUCACACAGAUAAGGGCUGGGCCACACUGAGGGGAGGAGUCACGUUGAAAGGCGGGGUCACAAUGACCCGUGGAGUCACUCCGAGAGGUGGGGUCUCUCAUUGUGUGGGAGGAACAGACAGAAGGGUGUCGCACUGAGGGGUUCUGGCACACACUGACGGUGGCAGAAUCGUAUUGAGGAACGGUCCCUCUGAAGGGAGGGUCUCACUAAGGAGGAGAGGGGUCUCCGAAGGGAAGUCUCCCGGAGGGGCGGGUUUUUGCCGAGGGGGCGGAAUCCCACGGAAGGCGGGGCUUCCGGGCAGGUGGAGGCUUCUCUGCAGAGGGAUAGGGCCGUUUGGAGGAAAGAGUAAGAGGAAGGUUCAGGCUGGGUGGUCACCGGGCGGAUACACCUUUCUUCUUUAGAACUUUAUUCGAGGGAGGCGGGAUGGAAUAAGGAGGUGUGGGGCCACACCAGGGACAGGAGGGCCGCGGGCUCACUAUAUAGGCCUGAGGCAUCACCACCGCCCGAGAAGGGGAAAGUGUCAGGGAAUCCAGAGGUGUUGGGGUCGAGACCUGGGAAAUGGGCAGGCUGGGCCAGAGCGGAGGCCAGGCAGGUAGGCGGGUUGCUGGGCUACCUCCGAUUGUGGCUGGCCGGGAAGGGUCUACUUUUCUGCCCUGCUGGCCGUCGGAGUCCAGGAAUCCGGCGGCUUCCUGAGCCCGGCUUUCCUCAGACAGUGGCCUGAGGGUGGGAGGAGAGAAAGGACUCCCAGGGCAGCUAAAAGACGUUUGAGCUGCGCGUACGCACAAUCAGCCCAUAAUUUCCUUCAGUUAUUCAGCUCGGGCCUGAACUUAUUUGGUCCCGACGUCCCGGACCCACUCGCCUCUGGUGUCUCGGCCACCGGUUGGGGGUUGCGUACCUGAGGGGGCGUGGCCGCUGCCCGUGGGCCGGGCUGGAAGGAGUUAAGCGGAGGCCCGGCUCAGCCCCGCCCCCGGCAGGCCGCGGAGCCUGAGCCCCAGCGGCGAAGCGGAGCAGCGGUCGCCAGCCCGCCCGCCCGCCCGCCAGCCCGCCUCCGCCUGCGGGGAGCCCGCCCGCCUGCCCGCCGGCGCCCAGGAGAGCCACCGCCACCGCCCGGCCCAGGCCCAGGCCCAGGCCCUGCGCAGAGCGAAGCGGAGCGGCGUCUACCCGGGCCCUGCAAACCGGCGCGGCGGGGGCGGGCCCAAGACCUGCCGCGGAUCUUCCAUUCUCCAGGGCGGGAGCGGGAGCUCCGGCGUCCCGGAUCGGGCUCGGCGCACGCCCAUGGCAAGCGCGGCCUGCCCGGGCCCCGGGGACCCUGCCAUGUGAGGCAGGCCCGGGCUGGGGGCCCGGCCAUGGCCGGGGAACGGCCCCCACUGCGGGGCCCUGGGCCAGGGCCGGGAGAAGCGCCGGGGGAGGGGCCCCCGGGACCGGGGAGUACGGGUGGAGGCCCGGGCCGGGGCCGCCCCUCCUCCUACCGGGCUCUCCGCAGCGCCGUCUCCAGCCUGGCGCGCGUGGACGAUUUCCACUGCGCGGAGAAGAUCGGGGCCGGCUUCUUCUCUGAGGUCUACAAGGUUAGGCACCGACAGUCAGGGCAAGUCAUGGUGCUGAAAAUGAACAGACUCCCCAGUAACCGGGGAAACACGCUACGGGAGGUGCAGCUGAUGAACCGGCUCCGACACCCCAACAUCCUAAGGUUCAUGGGGGUCUGUGUGCACCAGGGGCAGCUGCACGCUCUUACAGAGUAUAUGAAUGGGGGGACCCUGGAACAGCUGCUCAGCUCCCCAGAACCCCUGUCCUGGCCAGUCAGGCUCCACCUGGCUCUGGACAUUGCCCGGGGCCUGCGGUACCUGCAUGCCAAAGGUGUAUUCCACCGAGACCUAACAUCCAAGAACUGUCUGAUCCGGCGGGAAGACCGAGGCUUCACGGCUGUUGUGGGUGACUUCGGGCUGGCUGAAAAGAUUCCUGUGUAUAGGGAAGGGGCAAGAAAGGAGCCAUUGGCUGUGGUAGGUUCCCCUUACUGGAUGGCUCCAGAGGUGUUGCGGGGUGAGCUGUAUGAUGAGAAGGCCGAUGUCUUUGCCUUUGGUAUUGUCCUCUGUGAGCUCAUUGCACGAGUACCUGCGGACCCAGAUUACCUACCCCGAACUGAGGACUUUGGCCUGGAUGUGCCUGCUUUCCGGACCCUGGUAGGGGAUGACUGCCCACUGCCCUUCCUGCUCCUGGCCAUCCACUGCUGCAGUAUGGAACCUAGCACUCGUGCUCCCUUCACUGAAAUCACCCAGCAUCUGGAAUGGAUCCUGGAGCAGCUGCCUGAGCCAGCCCCCCUCACCAGAGCUUCCCUGACACACAAUCAGAGGUCUGUUUCAAGAGGGGGUCCCUCUGCCACCCUUCCUAGGCCAGACCCCCGGCUUUCCCGAAGCCGGUCAGACCUCUUCCUGCCCCCAUCACCAGACUCACCCCCCAACUGGGGGGACAAUCUGACUCGAGUCAAUCCCUUCUCACUCCGGGAAGACCUCCGGGGAGGCAAGAUCAAGCUGUUGGACACACCUAGCAAGCCAGUUACCCCCCUGCCCCUUGUUCCACCAUCACCACUGCCCUCCUCGCAGCUGCCCUUGGUGACCACUCCAGAGACCCUCAUCCAGCCUGGGACACCUGCCCGUCGCUGCCGUUCGCUCCCAUCAUCCCCUGAGCUCCCCCGACGUAUGGAGACAGCACUGCCAGGUCCUGGCCCUCCCAGUAUGGGCCCCUCGGCUGAAGAAAGAAUGGAGUGUGAGGGCAGUAGCCCUGAGCCAGAACCCCCAGGACCAGCUCCCCAGCUGCCCCUGGCCGUGGCCACAGACAACUUCAUCAGCACUUGUUCCUCGGCCUCCCAGCCCUGGUCCCCUAGAUCAGGACCUGCCCUUAACAACAACCCCCCAGCUGUGGUGGUGAACUCCCCACAAGGCUGGGCUGGGGAGCCGUGGAACCGGGCUCAGCAUAGCCUGCCCCGGGCGGCAGCCCUGGAGCGGACAGAACCCUCGCCGCCCCCUUCAGCUCCCCGGGAGUCUGAUGAGGGGCUACCCUGCCCUGGCUGCUGUCUUGGCCCUUUCAGCUUUGGCUUCCUAUCCAUGUGCCCCCGCCCCACACCAGCUGUUGCCCGCUACCGCAACCUGAACUGUGAGGCGGGCAGUCUCCUCUGCCACCGAGGGCACCAUGCCAAGCCUCCCACACCCGGCCUGCAGCUGCCCGGGGCGCGCUCUUAGCAGUGGGGCCUGUGGUCUCUGGCCUCCAACUUUGGCCUUCAGGAUGCCCUGUGAGGACGGAGCACACAUGUUGGACAGUGCCAGCCCCAGCAGGGCUGACCGGCUCUUCUCCCCAUGUAGGGGAACCUCAGCAUGGACUUAAGGGACAGAACAUUUCCUGUCUAGCCCCUGGGCCUGCUCUCCCAUGGGCGAUCACUGAACCAGACAAAGCAUUGCUGACACAUGAGACUAACACGUGCAAAUUAUUUAAAAAUAUUUCAAUAAAACUGCCUGGCUGGCUCCGGGCUGCCCCUAUCCACUCAGCCCAUGCGCCCUCCUCCACCCCCCUGCAGUGCCACUAUGGGAAGUUUUUGGGGAGGCCAAAAUCUCUUCUAGUGACUUCUUCACCAGUUUCCCAGGAACAGUCCAGCUUCUGGGACAGGAUUUCAAGCAGGCAACAGGCUGGCUAGAAGUGUUGGGCAUGGAUCAGCCCUUGGCUAGGCACUGCCCAGGCAGAGUGAGAGAACGCUAGAGGGAGAUGAUCUUAGGGCCUGCAAACUCUAGAGGGAGAUGAUCUUAGGGCCUGCAAACUGCAGUUAGGGUGAAGGGUGCAGGCUUCUGUUGGCAUGAGUACCUGUAAGAGUAAAGCACCAGUGAGGUCCGCAGUAGACUACUACUAAGAACAUUCAUCCAGCUCCUCCUACCUCCCUGGACAGCUGAACCCCCAGCCUCCCUUCAGUUCCAGAACUUCCCUGCUGAACACCCUCCUUCAUAAGCAGACCAAGACCCUGAAGGCUAUGGAAGUGACCAUUGCUCUCAGGAAUUAGUUUUACCUCUGGCUUCUGAGCCCCUGCUUUUAAGUUCCUUUCCCUCCCUGCUCCCUGACCCCCAUGCCUCAGUGGGUGGUCAUGCUUACCCAACUCAGGGCAAAAAGUGGUCCCUAUCAGGGUGCUUGAAAGCUGUCAUCUCACAGAUGCAGGGAAGAAGAGAAGUACAGUCAUCCGUCUGUAUUCUUAGCCACCUGCUUUGUACCUUAAAACAGCUUGAGCUUUGACUGUAAUACCUAAAGAUUGGUGAGGUAGAACUGGGACAAGGCCUGCCUCUCCUCUCCCACCCUGCCUUCGCUCCCCUUGCUCCCCUUGCCCUGCGUUAAACACCGUGAAGUCCUAAUUUGCCCUACCUGCCUAAGGCCACGUUUGGGUAUGGUUCAGGGACAGAUGGCUACUCUAACAAAGAGGCUUUAGAACCAGGGGAGGAAAAAAGUCACCCAAAAUAUUAAAGAUGGAAACUCCAUAGGGAACGUAGGAGAUGACUGCCUAUUUCAGGGUUCCUGGAGUUGAUUUUCAAAGUUGACCCACUGCUCCCUUCCCGGAGGGAACUAUAGUGCCCCCAAAAGGCCCUGACUGAGAACGUGCCAUCUCAGUUUGGGUAGCCCUGUCAAGGGAUGGGAAAUUGAAUGCCAGGGUUCAUGAGCUGUGAAGUCCUAGCUAAUGCCUCAGCUUCUCCCUCUGAGAGAAAAACAACAUAGGUCCCAAUCUAGUAACUUAAAAAAAAAAAAAAAUUGCUUGGGACUGCCAGGUACUGGAAAGGCGCCAGAGAAGACUGUCCUAAAGAGUUUUAAGUAAAGGAAACAGACAAGUAGGCAAUUACAAUACUGACUUGUGAAAGAAUUUUGGGAGCAGGACCUCCCAAAACUUUGGGGACAGGAGGAGAAUCUCAUUACUAUGUCUAUAUGAAGGAGCUAUGGGGUUGAGUAUACCCAGAAGUCCUAACAGACUUACCCAGUGCCUCGUUUGCCUUGAGCCUGCUGCCGCCUCUUAGCAAAGCUGUAAUUAGUCCAAAAUGAACCAGGUGGGCUAAUUUGCAUCAACA